AUGAAUACAAGUAGCGAAGUUAGGGGGGUGUAUGCAAGUACCGAUGCAGUGUCGGAUGCAGCAGCAGCAGUAGCAGCAACAGCAGCAGCAGCAGCAGCAGAGGCUGCGACAUCUUCUGCAGCAGCAGCAGCAGCAGCUCGUUCUUCUGGUUUAGAGCCUUGUUUAUUUUAUCCAUCGGGGGAGAUAGAGGAGGUAUCGAUCCCUGAACGGCUUCGAAUGAUAUCUUGGUUAGCUCAUCAUACAGCAAUUGAUUUAUCUUGUUUUACAGCGCAUGCAAAGAAGUAUAAGGGGCCUCCAUUAAAGCCCCAAGACCCUCGUCCGAUAGAUUAUUCUUGGGUUGAAUUACGUUUAAAUUUAUCUUCUCCUGAAGCAACUCGCUUAAGGGAUGUGUUUCGCCAGGCAUCUGUACCCUCAGCCUUAAGAAACGGGAGGCUAUUAGAGGUGCUCGAUUGCUUUGCUGCUGAUGUUGCAUUUGCUUAUACUCGUCCUUCUAUUGUCUUGACUAAAGACAGACACGAUCUCUUCUUAACCGUCGCCAUCGACUCUAUACGCCUCUUCGGCUGCGACCCCCUCAGCAACCACACCAGCAGCACCAGCAGCAGCAGCAGCAGCAGCAGCAGCAGCAGCAUUGGGGUGAAGGAGACGCCUGAAGGUGCUUCUUUUCCUUAUAUUUCUGUUGAUAAGGAUUUAAUUCUAAGAGGCUUCGUCUCAUAUGCGGGCAGUUCGUCUGUUGAAAUCACAGCGGAGUUACACCAAGAGGGUCGUUUGAUGGGUUCGGCUUGUUUAGUGUUUGUACACGUGGAUGGAGAGGGUCAUCCUAAGAAAGUUUUACCGCCUUUAGCAUCUCUUCAGUCUUCAGAUAAAUAUUUACAGCUGCAGCUACAUGCAGCAGAGCUGCGACAAAAAGCAAGGAGAGCAGCAGCAAGACGUCCGCAAAGACAGUGGGCUCCGCUGCAAGAGGAAAGCGAAUUCUUACACCAAACUUGGUUAACUGCAUGCAGCCGCAGCCGCAGCAGCAGCAGCAGCAGCAGCAGCAGCAACACAAGCACAAUCAUCCCCACCACCAGCAGCGUCAUCUCCACCACCCCCAGCAGCAGCAGCAGCAUCAGCAGCAGCAGCAGCAGCAGCAUUGGGAGUGGCGCUAACACGGGUAUAGUUUGGUGCAAAGAUACGCGACUUGAAAGCAACAUAUUAAUGCAGCCUGAGACAAUUAGUAUGUACGGCAGAGCCUUUGGAGGUUAUAUUAUGAGAACAGCGCUAGAGCUCUCUUUUCUAACGGCUCAGCGCUUUCUGAGGGAGACUUAUCCAGUCAUUGUUGGAAUGGAAGACAUCCGUUUCUUCGACGCCGUGCGCCAAGGAGAUAUACUGCGACUGACAGCGACAGUUGUGUGGAGCGACAGAAACGAAGUACAGAUAGAGGUAGAUGCAUCCAGCAGCGCUGCAGGAGCGCCGAUGAGGCGAACUAACCGAAUGAGCAAGGCGAUGAGAGCAAAAGACCCGGAGGAGGUUCAGGUGUAUCCGCAGAGUUAUGGAGAGUAUAUGAGUUUCUUAGAUGCUCGACGAAGAGCACAGAAGAGAGGCGACAGAAAUAUAAAUAGGGAUAUACAGCAGCAGUCUUAA